AAUUAUAUGGCAAUCAAAAAUCAAGCAAUUGUAUUUCUUAUGGUCAUAGUCAUGGCAGUGGAAAUUCCACUGCCAGGUGCUGCCACGUCAAUAUUGGACUUCACGCCUCAGAAUGUGACGUGUCAUGACGUGAUUAAUUACUUUGCGUAUUGUCAAGAAUUUGUCGAUGGAAAUGAAGAUGAUCCAACGCCUGUGUGUUGCAACAACUUACAUAUAAUGAACGAAAAGGUAGGACAGGAGGAGAGAGGGACGCGGAGAUAUUGUUAUUGUAUUGAAGUGUUCUGUGAUACGUUUAGUCAACCUCAUCCUCCUUAUCUUGCUUCAAGGAUCGAAGAUCUUGAUAAAAAAUGUCAUAUUCAUCGUAGUUUUCCCAUCUCUGAGCAUAUGGAUUGCACAAAUGUUUAGUAAGGAAACAUUUAGCGGUGAUGCAAAAUAUUGCUUCUUUUUUUUUUUUUUUCAUGUUUUAGAUAUUAUGUAAUUAUAUUAUAUUAUAAGAAAAUAUGUAUGGAUAAACAACUAAUUUAUUAAAAAAAAAUGGCCCCCCAAAUCCAUGAAUACUAAUUCCCAAUUCCCAUUUUCUUUUUGUGAUUGAUCAUGAAAAGAUUGCUAAAACUUUAAACAAAGUUCUAAUUACGAAUUAUGAUACAAGAUAAUCACAAUUUUUAUAAGCAAUAUAAUAGAAUAAUUACAAUCCAAAUUAUUUAAAUAAAAACAUGAUUGAUACAAUUCAACUUUA